AUGGGGGCGCAGCAGGCCAAGGAGCGCGGCACAGCCAUCGGCGCGUCCAUGCGCUCGGCUCGGAGCAGGCCGCGAGCACCCAGAGACCCCCGCAUGUUAGGCUCCAAUAUAUUUACCGAACAUAGUGAGGCGUUGCGUCAAAGCCGUCCGCUGCCGCACAUACCAGACCUGCCGGACGGCGAAGGUGCUGGGACAGCGCCGACCACGCCACAGCCGCUCGACACCGCCAACAGAUGGACAUCGAAAGAGAAUUUGCUAGCGCACCAAGAAGAUGAUGAUCCGCAACUAUUUGUGGCGUUGUACGACUUCCAGGCUGGAGGCGAAAAUCAGCUUAGCCUCAAGAAAGGUGAGCAGGUGAGAAUUAUGAGUUACAACAAGAGCGGUGAAUGGUGUGAGGCGCACACACUAUCUGGCGGGCGAGUCGGCUGGGUGCCAAGCAAUUACGUGACGCCCGUCAACUCCCUCGAGAAACACUCGUGGUACCAUGGCCCGAUAUCACGUAACGCUGCUGAGUAUCUCCUAUCCUCGGGUAUCAACGGCAGCUUCCUGGUCCGCGAAUCCGAGUCUAGUCCAGGUCAAAGGAGUAUAUCCUUGCGGUACGAAGGCCGCGUGUACCACUAUCGUAUUAAUGAGGACUCCGAUGGCAAGGUAUACGUAACGUCGGAGUCCAAGUUCGGCACCCUAGCCGAGUUAGUUCACCACCAUUCAGUUCUGGGCGAUGGUCUCAUCACUCAGUUACUGUAUCCGGCCCCGAAGCGGAACAAGCCCACCGUGUUCCCCCUGGCGCCGCCUGACGAGUGGGAAAUCGAUCGAACCGACAUCGUCAUGAAGCAUAAACUCGGUGGCGGACAAUAUGGAGACGUGUACGAGGCCGCUUGGAAGCGAGGGAAUAUGACCGUGGCGGUUAAAACUCUGAAAGACGACACAAUGGCCCUUAAGGAUUUCCUUGAAGAGGCAGCAAUCAUGAAAGAAAUGCGCCAUCCGAAUCUGGUGCAAUUGCUUGGAGUCUGCACUCGGGAGCCUCCGUUCUACAUCAUCACGGAGUUUAUGAGCCGAGGAAACCUCCUGGAUUACCUUCGAACAGGCAAUCGCGAACACAUCGAUGCGGUUGUUCUUAUGUACAUGGCGACGCAAAUUGCUUCUGGGAUGAGCUAUUUGGAGAGCCGCUCUUUUAUUCAUAGAGAUCUAGCAGCUCGGAACUGCCUAGUUGGCGAGAACCACCUGGUGAAGGUAGCAGACUUCGGUCUCGCCCGUUUGAUGCGCGACGACACGUAUACUGCCCACGCUGGGGCAAAAUUUCCAAUCAAGUGGACUGCGCCCGAAGGACUCGCGUAUAACACCUUCAGCACGAAAUCCGACGUGUGGGCCUUCGGUAUACUCUUGUGGGAGAUCGCUACGUAUGGCAUGUCGCCAUACCCAAGGGUUGACUUGGCGGACGUCUAUCAUAUGCUCGAAAAGGGCUACCGCAUGGAGUGCCCGCCCGGUUGUCCGGCUGCGGUGUACGAGCUGAUGCGCGGCUGUUGGCAAUGGAACCCUGCCGACAGGCCCACCUUCCGAGAGAUCCAUCACGCCCUCGAACACAUGUUCCAAGAUAAUUCUAUCACAGAGGAGGUGGAGAAGCAACUGCUGGAAGGCGGCGCCGGCGGCAGCAUUCCACAGCUGUCGAUGAAGAAGACGAGCCCCGGCACGAGCGCCAGUGCGGCGGCUAGCGAGGCGCGCGGCGUACAGAUGCGGCGCCCCACGAACAGGCGCGGCAAACAGGCGCCCACACCACCCAAGCGCACCAGUGCUCUCCUGUCCGGCAGCCUGCUGUCCUCGUGCAGCUCGUUCCGCGAGUCCCAAUACGCGGCAGAGGAACACGCCGCCCACGACGACGGACUCGCGUCGCUAAACGGUGGGGUCCGCGGUGGGGGAGGCCGCGAGGCUUCAUCGGAGGGAUCUCUGGCCGAGGCAACACCAGAUACUGACGAGUCGGCCGGUGCAGGUGGAAGCUGUGCCCCUAGUGACCACCGUCAUCGGCCGAAACGUCGACAUCACCAGCAUGCGCAGCCUCCGCAACAUCAUGCGAAUGCACACGAGCUACAGCCCAAGCAAGGAGUACAAGUAGCGGCUCUCGAGGUACAAAACGUGAAACGUGCCAUAAAUCGCUAUGGAACCCUGCCGAAAGGUGCUCGAAUCGGCGCCUACUUGGAAUCAUUGAGGCAGAGUGGCGGCGGCACAGCUGCAGCAGUUUGCACAAGUGUUCCUCGGGAUACCCCGCAAGAUGAAGCCCGCUCGCUUUCUCCCAGGACUGCCCGCGCCCAACCCCAUAUGAUUAGAUCCAACUCAUCGGGCGGAGUCACCGCACCCGCCCCUGCUUCACCCCGCGCCUCAAGAGCCGCUCCUCCCUUGCGCUCCUUCAACAGCCCGGCAAAACCACGGCCGCGGCUAGCUGAACUGGAGUUCCCGCCCCCACCACCAGACCUCCCACCGCCUCCUGAAGACACGGCGCAACCCCCACCACCUCCCCCACCCCCUGAUUGUUGCCGCGACGCUGGCACAGACACGUCAGAUCAACACGAAGAUUCGCAUACACUCCCAUCAGAACGUCCCGAUGUGGACGAGAAACCCGCUAAGCAAAUCAUGAAAGAAAUGCUUGAAUUGAAACUUGUAGCAGAAAUAAAAGAACGUGCUGAUAAAAAGAAACAGAAACUAAAAGAGUCUCCCCCACCUAAUGAUGUUCUGGAGAUGCAAACGUCUUUCGGUGAUCCAGUGACACGACUCGUGUCCGAACUAUCAGAGAGUCUUAACAUGGAAGCACUCCGUAAAUCAGAGAAGAGAGUCGAAACAAAAUCGGUCGAUAAUGGUAAGGAGACUAUUUCUCCUAUAGAUUUGAAAGCGACCCUACGAAAAACCUCCUAUACCAAUAAUGUCGAAAAGAAAACCGAGAGUGAGACGAAAACCAACACUAAUUUUAAAUCCCAAUUGAAGAAAGUGGAAACGAAUAAGUUUAACAGCGCUAAUAAGGAAGCAGAAGAGUCUGGACGAUCGAUUAUUGACUUCAAAUCUCGUUUGCGAAAAGUCGAUAGUGGACCGCCAGCUACUAACGGAACGACAAAGAAGGCGGAGCAGAGCUCACCGGAAGAUUCUCGAAAGGAUGUGUCGAGUAAAAGUGAUGAUUCCGAUAAAAAACGUUCAGAAAGUGGUUCCCUGGAUACGAGCGGAGGUGACGAAGAAGACAAGAGACGAAGUACAGGCAGCAUUAGCAGCCUUAAGAAAUUGUGGGAGAGCAAAGAGAGUGAUGAAAGAUUGAGUCCCAAGUUGCGACCUAAGGGAGAGGAGAGUGAAGAAGCGUCUCCCGAGGAGCGUGGUACUGGAUUGGGACGCAGUGGAAGCGUAGCCCGUCGCGAUGAUAAGCCCGCAGUAGCUAGUAAGCCCACAGUGAGAGGACGACCAAUUGGAAAAGGUGGUAUUUACGCCACUCCCUUGGCGGCAGCCACUGCUGGAGAUACCGAUGCUGACGGAGAUGCCCUUGCCGCUCUACGUGCAUCUCUUGAAUGGUGCACAAAUGAGGUGCGGCGCGGGUGUGGCGGGGGGGCGGGCGGCGGCGGUGGGCGCGGGUCGCUGUGGCGGCUGCAGACGUCGGAGCGGCUCGCGCGGCUGGGCGCGGCGUGCGCGGCUUGCGCGGCGGCCGGGCGCGCGCCGCAGCUGCGCGUGCAGCUGCGCGCCGCCGCCGCGCGCCUCGACGCAGAGGCGCGCGCGCUCGCCUCACCACAACCGCACCACCACCACCUCGCCGACGGCGUCGAGCAAGCGCUCAAAGACCUCGCCGCAAUCGUACACAGGUAA